AGGCUAUCUGCGUACCUGAAAACUGACGACGUUUUUCAUGCACACAUGGCCAUCUGGAAGCUCACUUGAAGAUGUUUAACUCGGAGCGGUAUCCCGAUGAUCGGGAUAGAAGGCCUGACCGGUCCAUUGUGAAGUGCUUCAACUGUGAAGAGAUGGGAUAUUAUGCCAAUCAAUGUCCUCAUCGGGAACGACGUUACAACACCAGUCGACCAUCUACUUCUACAGACUCGAGACGGUCUCGCUCACCUCGGAAGUUCCCAGCCAUACGGAACUAUUCACCACUGAAACAAGACGAUGGACUUCGCGACCAGGUUGCUGCACUAUCGAAGGGAGUGGCCACGAUCAAAGAGCACUUUAACAUGGUGCAAGCCAAGAAAGAUGAGAAGGCUCAACGGAAGCUCGAGAGAGAACAAAAGGAGGAGGAGCGAUUACAAAAAGAGGAAGAAGAAGCACACCAAUCGCAGGAGGUCGCGCGACAUGAAGAAAAGAAGCGGAAGAAGGAAGCUAAAGCAAAGCAAGGGGCUACACUACGAGCAGAGUUGAAGAAGGAAGUCACAAUGCAUGCCGCCAAACUGAUGAUCGAGGUCAAAGACGAUUGGAUCCAACAGUGGAAGACCUCAGUCCUCCCUGAACUAGCUAGUGGGGGAGUGGAUACGAAAGGAAAGAAGCAAGUGAAGUAUGAACCAACGGCUAGCAGCAAGACGGAUUAUAGCACUGACGGGAGUGAGACGAGCGUAACUCAGGGUCUCAGCGAGAAGACCGAUCAGUUGUACAUUACUGAAAAGAGGAAACGUACGGAAGAUGUAUCGAUUGGAGACAGCCCACCUAUGGAGGCACCUCCGAAACGUACCCCAGUACAAGGGCGAGUGAAAGUGGAUGACACAUGCCACCAAGUGACUCGUGCCAGAACAAAGAGCACCAAGACUCCGAUUCAGGCAAAACGACGUUCGUCGAUCAAGACUCCGCUAUCGAAGCUCCUGAAGUACCGCAAGACGUCCUCACCAAGUGGGAAGCUAACGCCAGCCAGCAGAUCGCUCACCCGACUCCGCUAUCGUGAUUCCGUUAUGAGAGAGUUCAAGGACUGCAACACCGAUGAACUCCAACGCUUCUGCAAAGACGAAGGGAUUCCAUAUGUCGGAAAAAUCGAUGCAAUUUUCGAUUUGGCUGAACAUCGAGCUCAGAAGGAGUUUCCUUGCAUCGUGCCAGCUUCCGAAGUAAUUCCGAUUAGUGAAUCCACGGAGCCCGAAGUUGAUGCAUCAACGGAGAACUUGGAGUGAUGUGAUUUUCAUCCCUCCCGCUGGUUUGAAUGUUGUAGAUACAUCACCAGUAAGCGAUGUUCUCAGAAUGUU